AAGACUUUCCAAGGUCGAGGUGCCAAAACCUAUAAAGGAUGGAUCGCUGUGUUUGUAUGUCUCGCUACGUCCGCUAUACACAUUGAAAUUGUCACCGACUACUCUACUGACGCUUUCGUCGCAGCAUUUAGAAGAUUCACUAGUCGAAGAGGUGCCUGCAGUAUCCUAUACUCGGACUGUGGUACAAAUUUUGUAGGAGCAGACGCCACGCUAAAGAAAGAAUUCGCAGCAGGAUCGAGGCAACUAAAGGAACUUCAGUAUUUACUCGCUACAGAUGGCACAGACUGGAAGUUCAACCCACCAAGCGCUCCUCACUUUGGUGGCAAGUGGGAAGCAGCCGUAAAGUCAAUCAAGUUCCAUCUCAUACGAACUAUUGGUGAAUCGCUAUUGACUUACGACCAACUCGCUACAGUCCUAACACAGAUUGAGGCUGUGUUAAAUUCAAGACCGAUCGCUCCUCUAUCUGAAGAUCCUGCAGAUUUAACCGCUCUAACUCCUGGACAUUUUCUCAUCGGUGAACCGCUUAUCGCUGUACCUGGGCCCUCGCUACUGGAAAAUAGUUCAGCUGCGUUGUCACGCUGGCAACAAUUACAACAAAUGUUCCAGAGAUUUUGGAGUAGAUGGUCAUCAGAGUACCUGCAACGUCAUCAAUCUAUUUCGAAAUGGCAUAAUCCGCAAAACAACAUCAAAGUGGGUUCAUUAGUCUUGUUGACUGAUGAAAGAUUCCCACCAUCGAAAUGGCCGCUUGCAAUGAAGGGUGCUCGUCAGGCAGUUAAAAAAUCUGGUGGGAAAAAAAAUAUCAGGCUGCCACGAAUUUUACCAGUUCCAUCGAAAGUUGGUGGUGUACUACCAUUUUUAAUACCACUUCUUGCCGGCCUGAGUGCAACAGGAGCUUUGGCUGGAGGUGCAGCUGGUAUAGCGAAAGCUGUAAAUGAUGCAAGUGCUGCUAAAAAUCGAUUGGAGGAGAGCAAACGACAUAAUUUAAAAAUGGAACAAAUAUCCAUGGGUAAAGGUUUAUACUUGAGACCUUACAGACGUGAUAUGGGCUUAUACUUGAGACCAUAUCCAGCAGGCAGAGGAUGCAAGUCAAAAAAACAAGUAGAGCUACCAUAUCGAGCACUCACAAACAUCGAUUUACUGAAAUACGCUAAAGCUCUAAAAAUUUCAAACUUUCGUGGUGUUUUUAUGAGAAAUGAUUUACCUGAAACUGGACUAAGAAAAAAUGAAUCAGCUAUUAUUAAUCUUGAUGAUAAACUUGGACCUGGUACUCAUUGGGUUGCUUACAAGAAAAACAAUGAUAAAGUUGUUUACUUUGACAGUUUUGGUAAUUUACAACCACCGCAAGAUCUUAUGGAAUAUCUCGAUGUUGGUAGCGUAAAAUAUAAUCACAAAAGAUAUCAGGAUUUUGAUACAAUUAUAUGUGGACAUUUGUGUCUCAAAUUUCUCAUUGGACAACUAUAA